CCUGCACCCUGUUGUCGCUUAUCUCACGUGAUUGUCUGUGCCUUGUUCAGUUCUUUUGUUCCCUGGUUUACUUCGCAUCAGUACACAGAACAAGCCACCGACACACCUCGACCACAGUCCCGUCACAAGCUCCCAACCACCUUUGCACAGUAACAUAACAGCACGUCGCAUCGCACGUUUCUGCUUACUUUCGCUCACCACAACCCGUCCCAUGUUCAUGUCCACGGCCCACAGAGCCAAGCGCACCAAGAAGAAGGCCAAAGCGAAGAAGAGCAAGAAGCAGGAGGAGAAGAAGAAGAAGAAUGGCAAGCAAAACGAGGCCGCUGGCAAGAAGAUUGUCAUCGUGUGCGCCAAGCCUUAUGAGUUUGAGGCCAUGAACAAGGCCCUAAACGACAAGGGCGAACUCUUCAUUCGGGACGAGGCCUCUAUUGGCAAGCGUUUCAACGUUGGGUACCGCAAGGACAAGAAAACGGAUCGCUUCUUCCGCUACGAGUUCCACAUGACCAAGAAACAUGUCGAGCACACCAUCACCGUCACGCGGUUCAUCGGCAACGUACAAGGUCCUGUCGAGUGCGGCAUCCACGUGUCGCAGGUCAUCGCUGCACUUGAGCCGGACUACAUCGGCAUGAUUGGCGUGUGUGGCGGGCACCGUCUUGGCGAGGUGGUCAUGGCGGCAAAAGCGGUUGAUGCGCGCGCUGGGCGGAUGGUGUCCACUGGCAGCGGUGGUGAGAAGAUUGACAGGUCUGCGUACGACAAGGAGGAGUUUCGCAUGUGCACCAAGGACUACUACUUCCAGUCAGCCAAGGAUAACACGUCGUACCAGAAUGCCUGCACGGAUGUCGCAGACCACCAGGUCGUCUCAUUCAAGAUGCCGGGAAUGCUGACGGUGCACAAGGAUGGCGUGCUGUACACGUACCCGCAGGUCCGCGAGGACUGCACGGCGCUGGUGGGAGAGAAGGAUGGUCUGGAUAUGGAGGCGUUUGCCUUCUUCAAGGCCGUGCGGAUGGCGCAGGGCGACAGCGACACCAGGGAUGCCAUGUCCAAGGUCAAGGCGCUUCCCGUCAUCAAAGCUGUGAGCGACGCGAGUCAGCUGAAGGAUGAGAAGACGGGCAACAAAGCCUUUGACAAACGCAGAAAGGCCAACAAGAAGCACAAUUCAAAGGUGAUGGAUAGUGCCCGCGUGGAUGCACCAACAGCAGCAGCAGCAACAGACGCCAGAGAAACGCACAAGGACCAGCGCAAUGUGUUCCGGCCCAUUGCAGCCCGCAAGGCUGCCGAUGUCAUGGCAGCGUACCUUGAGACGGCACACUUCCUCGACUAAUGUGCAUGCAUCUCCACUGCCACUUGUGUCAUCAUGCUGUCUUAUUGUCUUCCUCUCUUGUUGUCAUGCUUUCCACUGCACUGCAAUGCUUGCGUGAGUCUUUGCGUGCGUGUUUCGGUUUGAGCGUUUGUUUACUUGUUGUUGUGCAUGAACAAGAUGUGUGACAUUGUGAUACAAAGCAAUACAUCAAAUCAACAAAGCUA